AUGGGCUUCCUUGAGCUUUUGUCCGGAUUCUUUGGCCUAGCAUAUUUCACAGCAUGGUCCAUCAGUUUUUACCCGCAGGGCAUUCUCAACUACCGGCGCAAGUCGACGUCGGGAACAGUUGUAGAUUUUCACCUGAUUAAUAUCUUGGGUUUCACGGCUUACUUUGCUUCUAAUGUCGCUUUCUACUAUUCCUCGGUCAUCCGAGCCCAAUAUGCUGCGCGCUACAAGGGCCUGACGCCGACGGCUUCAUUCAGCGACAUCACCUUUGCCUUCCACGGCAUUCUGGCCUCGGUGGUCACCACCAGCCAGUACCUGUUUCCCCGCCUCUGGGGCUUCACGCCUAGUCUUGGCAACCGCCCAAGCCGCGCUAUCCUGGGCGUCAUCUAUUGUUCCCUGCUCUUUAUUGCCGUCGUUGUCACAAUCGUGAUGGCCUCGCCCAAUCACGGCAGCACGGAUGACCUCGCAGUCACCUCAUGGGUGUGGCUGGACGUAAUUUACGCCGUCUCUUACGUCAAGCUUGUAGUCACGCUCAUUAAGUACACUCCACAAGUGCUCUUCAACUACCGCAACCGCUCGACCAAGGGCUGGAGCAUCCUCAUGAUUCUUCUCGACUUCUCGGGUGGCAUCCUCAGUAUCGCCCAGCAGGGCAUUGACAGCUACAUCCAGCGUGACUGGUCCGGUAUCACCGGCAACCCCGUUAAGUUCGCGUUGGGCAACGUGUCCAUCAUUUACGAUUUGAUAUUUAUUGUUCAGCAUUAUGUGCUUUAUCGUGACUCGAACGCGAAGCAAAACGAGUACGACCCACUUCUGGCAUCGGACGAGGAGCGGCGAUAG